AUGUCAUCAUCUGUGGUAGGAAUAAGAAAUGCUGUGUUGAGGGCGACAGAUCCCAAGUUGAGAAGUGACAACUGGCAGUACAUUUUAGAGGUUUGCGAUUUGGUAAAGGAAGACCCCGAAGAUAAUGGGCAAGAGGUUAUGACUCUUAUAGAGAAGAGAUUAGAACAAGAGGAUGCUAAUGUGAUCUUAAGAACGCUCUCUUUGACUGUAUCUUUGGCAGAAAAUUGUGGUUCCCGCUUAAGACAGGAAAUCAGUUCAAAACAUUUUACCUCAUUGUUAUAUGCGCUCAUCGAUAGUCAUUCCGUACACAUUACUCUAAAGAAAGCAGUGACUGAUGUUGUUAAGCAACUGUCUGAUUCAUUCAAGGAUGACCCAUCAUUACGCGCCAUGGGAGAUCUGUAUGACAAAAUCAAAAGAAAGGCGCCCUACUUGGUAAAACAGCCUAAUAUACCAGAGAAGCACAAUAUGAGUACUCAGGCAGAUAACUCCGAUGAUGAAGAAUUACAAAAAGCACUAAAAAUGUCUUUGUUUGAGUACGAAAAGCAAAAAAAGCUACAAGAACAGGAAAAGGGAAGUGCCGAAGUCCUUCCGCAGCAGCAGCAGCAGAAUCAAGCUCCUGCUCACACCAUACCGGGGCAAACCGUUGUGAGAAGAGUGAGGGCCCUAUAUGACUUAUCUACAAAUGAGCCUGAUGAAUUAUCCUUUAGAAAGGGCGAUGUUAUUAUAGUGCUGGAACAAGUAUAUAGAGACUGGUGGAAGGGUGCUCUUCGAGGAAAUAUGGGUAUAUUUCCGUUAAAUUAUGUAACACCGAUCGUUGAACCAUCCAAAGAAGAAAUUGAAAAUGAAAAAAAUAAAGAAGCAAUGGUAUUCUCCCAAAAAAGUACCAUAGAUCAACUUCAUAAUUCGCUUAAUACAGCAUCCAAAACGGGAAAUUCAAAUGAAGUUUUGCAAGACCCUCAUAUUGGGGAUAUGUACGGUUCUGUGACGCCUUUAAGACCACAAGUUACAAGAAUGAUUGGUAAAUAUGCUAAAGAGAAGGAAGACAUGUUAUCUUUGCGUCAAGUCCUGGUAAACGCGGAACACUCCUAUAAUCAACUUAUGGACCGUGCAGCAAACGCACAUGUCUCUCUUCCAGUCCCAGGCCCUGCGCUUUAUGCGGGGAUGCCUAAUGCUAAUACUGUUCCAGUAAUGCCACCUCAGGGGCAAAGUUACCAAAGCCACGAGUACGUACCCUACCCUUCUAAUUUACCAAUGCAACAUUCUGCAAAUAGCGGAAAUGAUACCUCACAGUACGGCUAUGAUCUUGGAUAUUCAGUUGUUAGCCAACCGCCACCUGGUUAUGAAUAA